GACUGAGCAGGAAACACAACUGUGACCUCUGGUUUAGUCAGAUGCCUAAAUCCAGCUCAUAAUAGCCCUCUGUUUAGUGUGAUCAUCAUUUUCACUAGUGGAAGUCACUCUACAUUGUUAGGGGAGCUUUAAAGCUCAGAGUAGAUGCAAAGGAAUGAGUGAGCAAAGAGAGAGGGAGAGAGAGAGAGAGAGAGAGAAAGAGGAGACAAAGAGAAGGGACAGAUUUGUGUUAAGUGCUGAGACAGACCGACAGAGACCGGCGUGCCUGGCCUGUGCCUUACCUGCCUCCCUGAUUUAUCUUUCAUUUCAGAUGCAUGGGCGGGAGAGGCCAGACAGAUUCAGUGCCAUUUAACAUUAGAAAAUAGAAUAUGAACAGAGGGCACAGCCUUUUGUCUAUAGUGCGGAGAGAUGCACUUCUAUAAGAGCCGCGUGCAGCAGAGGGAUCUGGUACGGACCCCGGAGGAAGUGACUUGCACAUCGCCAAUCUUCUCACGCCUAAAUGCUUUGCUGAAGCUGGUAAAAUGGAACCAGAUCAACUGUUGGAUGGAUUUGGUCCCCUUCAACCAGCUGCAGCUGUGCAUUGAUCACGCAGACGCCUGUUCCAGCCGGAGGAUGAGGAAGAUUCGUCACCAAGAACUCAAAAGACAAACGGCCACCGGGGCCACUAUCGAUAGUCGAACGAUAGCGAGUGACGUCUCAGGACACUUCAUCAGCCGCCUCUGCUCUGAUCUGGAGGGCAGUGCUUGAUCCAUUAAGUGCUUGCUAUAGUCAAUUCUGUAUAAGUGAGGCUUUAGACGAUUAAUAAUCUCAAUAUCCUCUUCGCAUUGAUCUCAGCACUGUGUAGGGAGUCAGGGAAAUGGAGAGCGUUUUAAGAAAACAUGUUAUCAUUGUACUGGCUGCAGCUAAGUGCAUCGUAUAU